GAGCUAGGAAUUCUGGGUUCCCAUGGUGCAUAGUCCUAGUGGUUAGAGCACAGAGCGUGGAAGCCAAAGUCCCGGAGAAGGGAGUUGUGUAUAUGGGACAGGGUGAAAGGAGAAGUGGCACCUGUGAUUAUAACAAGGGGUUGCUUAAGUGUGAAUGCUCCUGGAACUAGGAAGGGAGUGAGACCCUAUGGUUAGAGCAAGAGGGGUGGACAAGGUUGGGAACAGCUAUCCUGGAUUCUCAGGGGUUUGUUCUGGAACGGGAGGAAUCUGGAUUCCUGGCUGAUCAAGGGAGGGGAUGAUCAGGACUAGUUAAGACAGUGUCUGGGUUCUUGGGACAGAGAGUGGAGGUGGGGCAAGAAGGUCCAUGCUUAAAGAAGUGAGUUCCAGUGGGUUACAGCAGGAGGGUUAAGGAGCCAGGGAACCUGGGGUGUCUGUAGUGGGAGGCUGGGGAGUGCAGUGGUUAGAGUAGUAUACAAUGGAUGACCUCGAGGAGACAUUUGGAGGCGAUGGGGAUCCGAACCCAGCUCCUUAUGAAGAGCUGGUGUCUGUGAUGGCUGGGGGGUUGUAUGGGGAACUGGAGCGGCUUGUAGGGGCGCAUGGGCCCGGAGCAGUGUCGGGGCUCCUGCCGCAACUGGUCUCUGUCCUGGAGUCUCUGCAAGGGGCUUGCGGGCAGGUCCGGGAGCGGGACCAGGCUUUGGAGCGGUUGCGAGAUGACCGGCUGCGACUGCUGGAACAGUAUGAGCGGGAGCGAGCCGGACGCAAGCGGGCCGAGGAGAGGUUCAUGGAGCUGGAGGACGUGAUGGAGCAGGAACGCAAGGCGCACCUGACGGCCGUGAGCCGGCUAGAGGGGCAGAGCCGUGCCUUGGAUGGGAAAGCACGCAGCUACGCCGAUCAGGUCGCCAGUCUGGAAGAGCAAAAAUCUUCGCUGCUGAAGGAGCUCUCGACUCUCAGCCAGAGCCACACCAAGAUGGUGCAAAGCUACAAGGAACUGAAAUUGCAGAAGGCGACUUCAGCUGGUACUGGGCAAACUGGAUCUACAUCUGCAGAGGCAAAAAGGUUUGGAGGAGGAAGGUUGAAGCCCCCGCCAAUCCGGAAGCCCCCACAAUUUCUGCCGAGCACCUCUGACCCUGGGCCAACUGAGUCGCCCCAUCCCCCACAGGAAUGUGCAGAGAUUCAAGAGGUUCCUCAUUCAGAGAAGAUGCCCCAGAGAGACCCAAGAAGGAAUGAUUUCCCCUUGGCACAAGAAAUGGGGCCACCAGAAAAGGAUGUCUCUCCUGCUCAGCCAGGCUUUGACUUGGAUGAUCUCCUGAGUUCCACUCCAGAAUUGGGACCUGACCCACAGCAAGCAAGCAGCCCCCUGAGUACCACCCUCGAGCGCAACACGGUCUCCCUUUUCGCCGAGGUCUCGGGCCUCAGCCCUGAACUCCUCAGUGAUAUGGACGACGGUGCCGAUUUGCAGGGCGAUGGCUUAGAAAUCCUGGUGGCAGAAAACUCUCGGCUCCAAGAGGAACGGAUCGCUCUGGAUACCGCCCGCCGCCAUCUCAUCGCCCGUGUGGAGGAGCUCGGCGAAGAACGCGAAUCGCUUCGGAUGGACCGUGAGGGAACGUUGGCGGCCCUUAGCCGCUGCCAAGCCCAGCUGAAGGAGGCGGAGUUGGAGCUUAUCCGGAUCCGGCAGGAGUUUGAGGAAACGAGACGUUCCAGUGAAGACGGGGAGGCUGAAGGAGGCUCAUCCCGGCCUCAGCGGUUCACAAGGGCUGAGAUGGCCCGUGUAGUGAUGGAGCGCAACCUUUAUAAGGAGAGGUUAAUGGAGCUGCAGGAAGCCGUUCGACGCACUGAGCUGCUAAGGGCUUCACGGGAGGAACAGGCUGUUCAGAUGAAAAAAUCAUCUUUUUGGAAAAUCUUUGACCGCUUAUUCAGCCCCUCCGAUUCUCCAGAGAGAUCCCCUGCCUCUCCGCUGCCGCCAGGGAGGGCCCGGUCUAGCCCCAGCAGCCACAGCGAAUUGGGACGGAACGGAGGGGGGCAGUUGUCACCUGCGUUGAGAUACAUCCCACGAGCCACCUCGCCCGGCACUGAGGCUGACACCUCCCCACAGCAGAAGCGCCGAGAACUGUACCGCGAGAUUCGCUCGCACAUCUGGCAGGAGCAUGGCCGGGCGCAGAUCCAUGGGUGGAGCCAGCCCCCGGCGCUCCAGGGCCAUGACCCGCCUUCAGGGGGCGCUGACGUGCCUGUGCUUGUGCAGCUGCGGAUGCUGGACCAGAAAGAUCCCAGUACCAAGCUCUGGUGUGCUGCAGCAUCUGUUGGACCUCAGCCUCAAGAAACACCCGAGACCGGCACACCUCAUCAGGGCUUCCCAUGCAGUUCCCAGCUGUGGGUAGCCGCAGGGACCCACUCUGCGAGCGAAGUGACUCUCUUUGACGCCCAGAACUCUAACCAGCUCCUGGAGCACUUUGUGUUACCCGGAGUUCAUGUCGUCUCCAUCGCGUGUGUGCCUGGCCUGAUGGUGCCUGGUAGUGAGAGCCCAGAGAGGGAGCCAGAGAUUCUUGAAGACCCCCUGGCGCCCGGAUCGGACAGUGAAGAUGAUGCCCUGGAGUCUGAAGCAGUUGGCACGGAACCCACCGUAUGGUUUGGAACCCAGGAAGGCUGCAUUUAUAUCCACUCUGCCGAGAACGACUGCCGACGUUGCCGGGGCAAAGUGCAGCUGAAGGAUGCCAUCCACUGUAUCGUCCACACCCAGGGCCACGUGGCAGCCGCACUAGGGGACGGAUCUCUGGCCAUAUUCCACCGAAACACAGUCCGGAACUGGGACUUGCGCUCCCUGCGUCUGGUGGACCUGGGCAGGCCGCGACGCUCUAUCCGUUGCGCCAUCCCCGUGCUUGACCGGCUGUGGUGCGGGUAUGGAAACCGGAUCUACGUGCUGGAUCCUCGUACUGCUCGUGUUCAGCGGUACUUUGAAGUGACCUCACACCCCGAGAGCCAAGUGCGGCACAUGGUGUGGGCCGGCAAUGGCGUCUGGGUCUCGGUUCGGCUGGAUUCCACUCUCCGCCUCCUCCACGCCGAGACCGGGCAGCCACUGCAGGAGGUGGAGCUGGGGCCCUACGUCAGCCGCAUGCUGGGGCCUGGCAGCCUCAGCCUCGCCUUGACCAUCUCAGCACUUGGCGCUUUCGGGAAACGGCUGUGGGUCGGCACCUCUGGCGGCACCAUCAUUUCUCUGCCCUUCAUCUCUGAAUUUGCCGGAAGCUCAGAGUCUUCCACCCCCUCCGCUGCUCCUUUUUGUGCCAUGGAGCAAGCACAGAUCAGCUACCAUGGGCACCGUGAUGCCGUCCGCUUCUUUAUCUCAGUCCCAGGAUGUGUGAAUCCGUCCUCGUCUGAGAACCCCAAGGAAUCGCGCAGCCAAGAGGAGUUGAGCAAACUUUGCAGCUUGGUGCUGAGCGGCGGGGAGGGGUAUAUUAACCUCCGGAUAGGAGAUGACACGGACGAGCGCUAUGGCGACCUGCUGCUCCCGAACCCGCGCCUCCGUCGAGCUGAGCGAAGCCACCUCAUUGUUUGGCAGGUGCAGGCCUGAGGCUCCGGUGAUGGGCAUCACCACUGCUUUCGGGCGGUGCAGCUCGGCUCCCACCUGGGUGGGAAUGGCACGGUUGCCGGAUGUUGGUGCUCCUUUCCCAUCGCUGUCUCCUGCCCUCUUCCCCCACUUGGUUAACCCUCUGGGAUCUGCGGGGUUGGGGGAAUGACUUCUACAUUGUUGAUGGGAAUGGUGAGGGGGGGGGGAGCCCUCUAGACGCCGGGACCUGCUUUGUGAACAGGCUUAGUGAGGUUCCCCUGACACCCCCACACCCCUUUUAAAACCCCACUGCUUUCCAACUGGAGCCGUGGGUCGCCGUGCAAUAAACUGUCCCGCUCCUUUAACAGGCUGUGUCCCCUUCCAGUCCUCUUAGGUGGGCUCCCUCCUCCCUGUGUUGCACCACAGCGGCAGCUGACCUCUUACUGGCUGGCUGGUGGCUGGGAGCUGAGCGUCAGGGCGCCUGGGCUUUGUACCCAUUGGGAAUGGAGGACGGGGGUCCAGGAAGGCAGGAGCGCAAGAGGCGUAUCUGCAAGGGGAGCAGCAUUCAAGUGCGUUGGCGCUAUGACCCUCGCCUGCCUUUCGGGCUCCCGCUUUUGAGUGUGAUUCUCUGGUGCACUUUUUGAUUCCAGAGGCUGGGAUGUGGUGGUUGGGGGGGGGGGGGGGCAAAGACCUGGAUUACUCUGGAACUGCAGGCACAGCGCUGCUGAAGCCUGUGGAUGAAAAUUGCAGCACUGCUCAGAGGGCCCUCAAGGGGGAGCCCUCUUGUCCCAUUGCCCUGCCCUGGCCCUAGAAGCUGGAAAGGAAUUGGUCGAUUCCCGCUGGUGCUAUGGAGUGAACCAGAUCCUGCCUGGCGCUCUGGAAUGAUGCGAGGGCCCAAGACACCCUCCGCACUGUUGGUUUCUCAGGGUUGUUAGUUGUUGUUCGUCUGUCUCACCAGGGAUACAGUUCUCUGGCAGCAUCUCAGGAUCUAUUCCUUUGGGAUGGUUUCUUAAUAAAGCUUUAUUAUUAUUAUUA